UGUACAGUAUGUGUGUUUAGGGCUCUAUGUGAUGUAUUUCUACAGAUGGAUAUAUCUUUUGGUAGAAAUGAUGGAGAUAUGGUUUUGAAUAGAGUUAUGUAUGCAGCGACAGACUAUAAAUGUUUGGGGGGGGGGCUGUAGCGUUCAUUUAUUUGCAUCGAGAAACUUGGAGGAACUCGUGGAGAGAUCAAAUAUUUUGCGUGAUUUACUUUUUACGGGAAAUGUUUUGUCAUCAUUUUACUUUGCUGUAGUUUUUAUGAUUUUUAAAAUAACUUUGAGUCAAGGGUGCCACUCUGAUAGUUUUAUGGAUUUUGGAUUUUUUUUUUGUAAAAUGGCUUUAAAAACCCCUCAGCUUUUUGCUCUAUGUAUUUAUUUAUUUAUUGAAACAUUUUUGCUGGAUUCUUUUGUUUAAUUUCAUUUCUACAACGUGCCAAAUGCCCCUCAGGCCGCACUUUGGACACCCCUGGUGUAAAUGAUUAGUAUUUAUUUUUAUUGUGAAGACUACUACUUUGUCUUACAUAAACUCCUUUACUAUUUUGGUAUUGCAUUAUGUGAAAUAUUUGAUUUCUUUGCUGUAUUUUUAUUUCAUGUAAUUGACGAACUCACUAUUUGAUUACAUCACAUAGAAUCAUUUCACAUUAGUUUAUUACAUUACAUUGACUCCCAUUUAUUUAGUUGUUUGUGUUUGUUUUAUUACUUAACAUCGACUCAUUUACUUUAUUUUAUUAAAGACUCAUGUACUCUUUCUUAUUAUGUGACACACUUUCAUUUUAUUUUACAAGUGACUCGAUUUACUGUAUUUUCUAAAGACUAUAUUACGUCGUUGACUUAUUUGACUGUAUUUUAAAACUGCUCUGAUGUUACAUAAUGACGUGCUUGUACUUCUUGCAGCCUGGGAUGAAGGCAGCGGCCUGGAGGCCUCCCCAGACUCCACCAAGCCGGACGACUCCUCCGCCGAACCCGAGCUUUCAGAGCCGGUGAAGAAGAGCAAGAAGCGCCGGGUGCUUUUCUCUAAGGCCCAAACCUUGGAGCUGGAGAGGCGCUUCCGCCAUCAGCGCUACCUGUCCGGCCCGGAGAGAGAGCAGCUUGCCCGCAUCCUCAGCCUGACGCCGACUCAAGUCAAGAUCUGGUUCCAGAACCACCGCUACAAGAUGAAGAGGGGCCGGACGGAAGGGGCGCUGCUCGACCUGGAGAUGGUGCACCCUCCGGUGUUGCGCCGGGUUGUCGUUCCGGUUCUGGUUCGGGAUGGGAAGCCCUUCCACGCCUGCUUGGAGAGAUCCGGCGGGUCGACGCACCCUCAGGCGGUCCACUUCCCCAUGGCCUACCAUUCCCUCCAGCAGUCCGCAGCCGUCGCUCUUCCUCCCCGGUACCAGCACUUUCAAAGCCCGGCAGCCUCCAGGUUGGCCUGGACGGACUUUUGGAGUGACUCGGUCCAGCUCGCUUCGUUCAAGUGAAGUCUCUCACGCACGAACUGCCCAGCAAAUGUUUGCCUGCAAACACGCAACUUAUAACUUGUAGGAAAAAAAGAUAUUUUGCACAUUUUUUUUGCAUAUUGUUGUAUAUUAUUUUUCAAAUGCUGUUGUAGAAUGUAGAUUUGUAUAUUCUAUCUGUUCUAUACUUAAUAUUGUGCACU